AAAGUUUUGAGUGUCCCAUAAACCAUCUACGUAGUACAAUUCUCCACCUCACAUCACAAGCGAAAUUCAGAGUUCAGAAACCAACCAAAGAACGGGCUUUGUCUCUCUCCUCCAAUGCAACCAAGAAAAGGAUAAGGAAAAACAAGAGAUGAAGAAAAGAUUGAUCAUCAAGGCAGCAGUAGUUCAACUUGCCAUGAUGUUGUGCAUUUGUCAAGCUAACAGCAGUCUUCACCCCCUGAUCUUGGUUCCUGGCAAUGGUGGGAACCAACUUGAAGCCCGGAUAACUGCCGGGUACAAGCCACUCAGCCCAUUUUGCAACCGUUGGUACCCAAUUUGCAAGGAUGAAGAAGGGUGGUUCAGGCUGUGGUUCGAUUCUAGCGUGCUGAUAGCUCCGUUCACCAAGUGCUUUGCUCAGCGUAUGAUGCUUUCUUAUGACCCUGUUCUGGAUGAUUACUUCAAUGCUCCUGGGGUGGAGACUAGAGUUCCUUUCUUUGGCUCUACCGAGUCGCUUCUCUACCUUGACCCCAAUCUCAAGCACAUAACGGCAUACAUGGCGCCUUUAGUGGAGUCUCUCGAGCAAAUCGGGUACGUCAAUGGCGAAACCCUCUUCGGAGCUCCGUAUGAUUUCCGAUACGGGUUAGCCGCCGAAGAGCAUCCAUCCCAUGUCGGGACCAAAUUCUUAAAAGACCUGAAGAAUUUGGUAGAAAAAGCAAGCGAUUCUAAUGGAGGGAAGCCGGUGAUUCUUCUCUCCCACAGCUUAGGAGGGCUGUUUGCGCUCCAACUUCUCAACCGGAAUCCACCCUCUUGGCGUCGGAAAUUCAUCAAACACUUUAUAGCCCUUUCCGCCCCGUGGGGCGGUACCAUAGAACAAAUGCGCACUUUCGCUUCCGGAAACACCCUCGGUGUACCGCUGGUGAAUUCUUUGCUGGUCAGAGGAGAACAAAGGAGCUCCGAAAGCAACCUCUGGCUACUCCCUUCUCCCAAACUCUUCGAUCGUCAAAAACCCCUCGUUAUCACUCCAAAUUCUUCUUAUUCAGCCCACGAGAUCGCACAAUUUCUCGCUGACAUUGGAUUUCCAGAGGGAGUUCACCCUUACAAAUCUCGAAUUUUGCCAUUGAUAGAAGAACUAAAAGCACCGGAGGUGCCUGUUACGUGCAUAACUGGGUGCGGCCUGAGAACUCCGGAGACUCUGUUCUAUGGGGAGACCGGGUUUGACCGGCAGCCGGAGGUUGUUUAUGGCGACGGAGAUGGAACGGUGAACUUGGAGAGCUUGUUGGCACUUGAAUCAUUGUGGGACGAGAGGAAAAAUCAAUCCCUCAAGGUGAUAAGAAUUCAGGGGAUUUCUCACAAAUCAAUACUCGAAGAUGAUACUGCAAUUGAUGAAAUAAUAGCAGAAAUUUCUGAAAUUAAUUCUUAUGCGAAAAAUAUUUGAUUGACUACUGACGCCGCUGUGCAGAGAAAGAAUUAUAAUUAUGGUUUUUUAUGGACGUCAGAGAGAAUUUUCGUUUGUUGCAUUUUGUGUCCGCUUAGGGGUAACGUUAUUUAUUCAGAAAAGUAUUUAUUAAAAAAUUUAAAAAAUAUUAUGUAGUCUAUGCUGUUGUAAAAUGUAUAACUUUAAUAAUUAGAUAGAAGGUUU